AUGGCCAGUAAAAGGAGCCGCGCCGCCUUCGAGGCAGACUUGCAGGCCCGCCAGUCUCCCUACGCGUUAUACGGAACCCCAUUGCCCCCAUUGGACGAUAGCGUACGAGACGACGGAUCAUAUGCGCCCAUCUGGAAGCAGGAGGUGACCGAUGACCGGGGAAGGAAACGCCUACACGGUGCCUUCACCGGUGGAUUCAGUGCCGGGUACUUCAACACCGUCGGGUCGAAGGAAGGAUGGACUCCAGCAACCUUUGUGUCUUCGCGCCAGAACCGCGCCAAGGAUGUUCGACAGCAGCGACCAGAAGAUUUCAUGGAUGAGGAGGAUGUUCGGGAAGCGGAAGAGUCCAAGAGACUGCAAACCGCCGAUGAGUACUCCGGCUUCGGCUCUACAGAUGCCGAAUUGACGCGCCGCGGAGGGUUGAUGGACCUCCUGAAAACGAGCGGAGAAACUAUGGGGGUGAAACUACUGAAGAGGAUGGGAUGGCGAGAAGGCCAGGGAAUUGGGCCCAAGGUGCGGCGUAGAGCUGACCUCGGGGACGGUAUGUUGCAACGUGAUGGAGGAGCCGAACAAACAUACCUCUUCGCGCCCGAAAACCCGCCAAUGGUUGCUUUCAUCCAUAAGACCGAUCAUAAGGGCCUUGGAUUUGAAGGAGAGGCCCGCCUAGACGCUCGGCAAACCAAAGCGAACGAGUCCGACGACGAGGAUAAUGAUUCGUUCUUCGGAAAGCGGCUAAUGGCUCCGGGGAAGCCGAAGCAGCCCAAGGCGAAAGAACCACGACGCGGGGCGUUUGGCGUCGGUGUGCUGAAUGAUACUGGCUCGGAUGAUGAGGAUCCUUAUUCCUUAGGCCCACAGAUAUCUUACAACCGAGUGAUCGGAGGGGACAAGAAGAAGAAAAAGAAAGCAAAACCUGCCGAGGAUGCGAGACUACUCUCCAGUUCGUCAAACCCGCUUAUUGGCAGCAAACCCGUAUACAUACCAAAAAGGGUCAUUGCCGCCAAGGGCGCCGCCGGUUUUCGAAAGUGUUCUGAUGGCCGUUUGCCUCUGGAAGGAUUCUUGCUCGCGGAUGGCAUUUCAAGCCUCUCAAUAUCCUCGCACGAGAAGAAGUAUGCGCCACCGGAGAUCCCCAAGGAUUGGAAAUCCAGCAAAGCACCGACACAGGAAAGGGAUGUUUCAAACUACGUUUCUACGGCGGAGGCAGCUAAAGCUUCGUCAAUGGAUCCCACCGCAAGAGCCGCGCUCUUGGGAGAAGCACAACUCCCCGGAAAGUCCAUAUUCGAUUGGAUGACUCCCGAAGCUCGGGAAAGGAUCGUGAAGCUUACGGGCAAGACCGAUCUGCCGCCGGCUCUUGGUGAAAAGGCCCCUAAAGGCUACGAGCUCUCAGAGGCGGAGAAGCGCAAGGAUUUGUGGGAUCUCGUACCCAAAUUGGAUAAGCAGGUAGCCGUUCAGGCACUCACACGAGCAGCCAGUGGUUGGAUGCCGUAUGCAGAAGAUCUAAGCAAACGGGACCGCUAUCGAACAUUUCUCCAAGUACGAGCUGGACUCCGUGACAGCCUUCCGGACCGGGUCCCCGGAUCUACUACAGAUGAAUGGGCAGCGGAACUACACGAAUUUGCGCGAGCGGCGGAGGUCUUUAAGCCCAUGUCUGGACUCAUGGCAUCGCGAUUCACCUCUGCCAGUUCUGGACCCAAAGAGUCAUCCGACAAGUCUGACGGGUCUCCUUCGGCGGAGCCUCUGCUUAGCAAGCCCGCAGCCAAACCAGAGGACCCUGCAGUGGAGGCAGCGAAAAUUGGCAUGUUUGGCCCUAUGACUCGAAGUAGCAUCUCUUUCUACCCGACGCGUCUCUUGUGCAAGCGAUUCAAUGUUCGGCCCCCCGAGCAUGUCCAAAUGGAUCCUGGUGCGCCAUCGGGACGCGCUGAAGCCCCCGUCUCCGGGAGCCGGUUCCAAUCGGCAGGUUACCAGACCGCUUCCGGGCCGAAAGAGUUAGUUUCACGGGAUGUUAUGAACCAACUCAUGCUUGAGGCUGGCGGUGGAUCUCUGGCAGCUGCAGACGCGGCCUCGCCGACGUCAUCAGGGCCAGCGGGGAGUCGGGCACCGGUGGUGGUCGAGCCAGAGCGAAACGAAGCAUUAGAAGCGGAGCGGCCGGGCGAGGCGGUGUUCAAGGCGAUCUUUGGCAGCGAUGAUGAAGAUGAGGAUGAGGAAAUGAGCUGA